AUGAAUCACCUUCUCCCGAAGGAAGAGUCGAUUACGAAACAGGACUGUCGUUAUGAUCGAGCAUCCGACGGCAAACGGACAGCGAACAUAACGUUACCCGUACCCCCGCUCGAAUCAUAUAAAGGAGUGGAAUCUCUGCAAGGAUCCUCAGCACCAACAUGUCUGCCCCCGAAACCGCUACCAAAUUCUCUUCCUGCUGAAACCUCCUCCGUCGCUGGUGGACAACUCGUCGGACGCUCCAACAAGGGCGCCGUCGCACCCAAGGAAGCUUUGAAGCUCCGUUUGGACCUGAACCUCGAGGUGGAGAUUGCCAUCCAGGCCAAGGUUAACGGCGACAUCACCCUCUCCCUCCUGUGA